GCUGGCGGGCCUUGUUAACGAGACGGACUUCGAACCCGUCUUUGCGGUGAAGGUCACUUGGGUAGGAGCAACGCGGUUCCAAAGAAGUGAUGCGGUUACGUUCCAAGUAGUAUUUACAACCAACGAAACACAUUCAUACUCGUUCCAUUCGUACCUAAAUGGUGGAAUGCUUGACUCGAUUGGCUCACCAUUUAUUGGGUAUAUCGCAGAUGGUCAUUACGAGGGUCUUGAUAACACACCCGAUGGCAGCUACUUACGUCGUCCCGACCGAAAUCUUAAACUUAAUGAAAGAUGCAAAGGUGCCGUCAGUUUCGACUAUUCAAGCAAAACAAAGCUUGACGAUGAUGAUCGACUUACGUGCAAAGUCUGGUACAGAAAAGAGAAAUCAAAGGCAUCCUUUUACGAGACAAUUGCUAGAUCAAUGCCUGAUUGUCCUUGUUUUUUGAACUGGUUGCUAUGGGACCGAAGCUUCAGUUUGUGGGACUUAAUUUGGUACUCGAGUAAUAUCAUCCACGUGCCGAUGGAGCCAACACGGAGGUCAUCGCCCUUCGGAAAGUCAUGCGCCUAUGAUCUAGAAACAUGGUCUUUUAUUGGCUUUGGACAAGAAGCCGGGACCUUUGCGUCUGUCAAUCCUUUGAUUAAUUCCCGAAGACACAAGCUUGAUGAUCUGAACUUCAGGACGUUGUGCUGUGAGAGGACAGACCUUUGCAACCUCUACUUCAAAGUCAGGCCUCUCAUAUCUAACUGUUACUCGAGGUUCCCAUUUUCGCUGCUAGCGCGAGGAGUUGGUGAUCCUCACAUCAACACGCUAGAUGGCGCUAAUUACACAUUCAACGGUCACGGCGAAUAUGUAAUGAUGAAAAUUAUCAGCGAAAACGCUAACCUUGAAAUCCAAUGCCGAACACAGAGGGCGAAAAAGGCCACCGGUGAUCUCUCCGACGCGACCGUGUUCUCCGGCUUUGCAAUAAAGGGCGAUGAGGUCUGGAUGCAAGUGGAGCUACACGAUUCAGGAAACAGGACUCAACUUUUCGUGGGCACGAAUAAAAGCUCGUGGGUAGAUUACACGAACGACUUAUAUAAACCAGAGACUAUGGUUAUCAAGUCGGUUCCUGGACUGACUGUCUCGAGGAACAUGUCGGAAAAAACUAUCGCGGCAUUACUUCAGUGCGUAGUUUUCAAUGUCACAGAAGGCAGCGGGCUUCUUCAGAUGGCGAUUGCGAUGCCAAAUGAGUUGAAAAACAAAAACACCGUUGGGUUGCUUGGCAACUACAAUGAAAAUGAUAAAGAUGAUUUCAAACCUCGUGGUGCGAACACGUCGCUGUCUAGUCCAACUGAACGACAAGUUUUCGAAAACUUCGGCAGUACAUGGAUAACUACUGCGACAGAAUCUAUUUUCAAGUACGACGACGGCUUUACUCACGCCGAUUUCAUACAGGCGGCUUAUGUUCCAAAGUUCCUAGAGGAAGCCAACGCCACAUUGCGAGCGGAAGCGGAACAGAAGUGCAGAGGAAACCUCCAGUGCGUCUUUGAUUUUGUCUUCACCGGAAAUGAGGAACUCGCAAAGGAGACGGGAAAUACUGAAGAGCAGGCGAAACUGACAAAUAUUGCUGCAAGCAACCAAAUCCCGAAUGUGACAGUGGUGAAUGGAACACAAUUUAUUGACAAUCAGAACUUUUUGAUACUGAACGUGAACGAAACAAAGACCAUCAUAGUAAAAGGGGAAGACGAUGGUGACAUAUUAAACUUCUCUUUGCUCGGCGACUCUGGUGCCACGCUUGGCCAAGAGAAAGCGGACAAAUCUAUUUCCAUUAGGCUGACAGACAUAAGUCCCAAGCGUUUGAGUGUCACUGUUACUGACAACAAGAAUGUGAGCGCUCCAAUGCUGGACUUCGUUCUCGUGGUAUGUUCCCUGUGCAGCGGUCACGGUUCGUGCAACACGAGCAUGCUAAGAGAGGGCCAGGAGAACCCAAAAUACAAAUUAGCUACAUGCGAAUGCGAGCCCUAUUGGACAGGUGACGAUUGUCAAUCUGAGUUUGACGGUUGCGAGGCAAACCCAUGCUCAUUUGGCCGAAACUGCACUGACAGAAACGCAAGCGAACACAAAGCGAAUACUUCAUUAACGGCCUAUAGUUGUUCACCUUGCCCCAUCGGUUUUGGGGACACAAAUGAUAAGUGCGAGGAUAUCGAUGAAUGUAAAAACAGCCCCUGCGGUGCAAAUUCUCAAUGCGUGAACACUGAAGGAAAUUAUUUUUGUGUGUGCAAUGGUGGAUAUCGGUUGUCGUCUACAAACAAAUCAUGGUGUGACGAUAUUAACGAGUGUGAGGAGUCGACGAGCGACUGCGACCAGAUCUGCAACAACACAAGCGGAAGCUUCACAUGCUCCUGCCAUUACAGCUACACAUACAAUUCAAAAUCGAAGACAUGCGAGCAAGAUUCGCCACCUGUCGUUUGCGUUGGUAAAUGUUCGGGUACAGACGGAUGCAUGGAUAACAACGGCGUGGCGGAAUGUUUCUGCAAAGCUGGAUAUCGGCUGAACGUUGAAACCAUACGUUGCGAUGAUAUUGAUGAGUGCAAUACAACUAAGCCCUGUUCGCACAAAUGCCACAACAUUGUUGGAAGUUACCGGUGCAGUUGUUACGAUGGAUAUGCACUUGAUGUUGAUAAAAUCACUUGCGAAGUUUGCCAAUUUCCAUACUACGGAGCUCAGUGCUCUAAAACCUGUCAGUGCGGGGCUGGCUCCGAAUUUUGCGACUCUGUUCGAGGUUGUGUCUGCAAAACAGGCUGGACGGGAACCAACUGUGCCACGGAUAUCGACGAGUGCGACACGCCAAAUAAAUGUCGAUCGCCCGACAAAGUGUGCUCGAACUCGAUCGGAUCGUAUUCAUGCAAUUGUCGAUCAGGGUUUGAGAAAAAACAUGAUACAUGCGAAGACAUCGACGAAUGUGCUAUGCUUGGUCUGAACACAUGCAGUCAGAAUGUGCAUCAAUACGAAUGGUGGAUUUACCUGCACCUGUGGCGAAGGUUAUCUCGUGGACCCGACCGACGCGACGCAGUUAAAGAUGUCAACGAGUGUGCGGCUGGUAUAUCCGGGUGUCAGCAUAUGUGCUUAAACAGUGUUGGUCGUUUCAGCUGCGCCUGUUACUUUGGUUUCGAACUACAGGAAGACCGAAAACAAUGCGCUUUAACGCAUGACGUAUGCAAGAAAGAGUUCCCAUAUAACGGCUGUUCGCAAAUUUGUAGAGCAGACCUGCAAACCAAAACCUACAAGUGCCUAUGUAACACCGGCUACAAGCUCGGUGCUGACAACAAAACGUGCAUAGAUAUAAACGAGUGUGCUGAUUUGAUGCUGAACAAAUGCUCACAGACGUGUGAAAACACAGCUGGGGGUUAUACGUGUACGUGCAAAACGGGCUUCAAACUAGCCAAUGACCUACGUACAUGUGAUGCUUGUGACGACUUCUUCUUCGGCGACAAGUGCGCUACCGCGUGUGACUGCGCCGUGGGAGCAGAUAGGUGUGACAGCGUGACUGGAUGUUUGUGCAAGCCGGGCUGGAGCGGCAGUAAGUGCAACAUCGAUCAAGAUGAGUGCGCCGAUGACAACAGAUGUCCGGGCAGUAACAUGAUGUGCACCAACACCCCAGGCUUGUACCAGUGUGGCUGUGAGACUGGUUUUAAGAAAGCCGGUAAAAACUGCGUUGAUAUUGACGAAUGUUUGGAGUACAAUGAUUGUGAGCAGAUUUGCACGAAUACAAAUGGCAGCUACGAGUGCAAUUGCAACUCUGGUUACGUCCAAAAUGGCAAAGAGUGCACGGACAUCGAUGAGUGUUCAAACGGGCGGGCUGGUUGCGUCCAGGUCUGCACAAACACCGAUGGCGGUUUCCGAUGCUCGUGUAACGAGUUUUAUCUGCUUGCCGACAACAAAAAUGCUUGUUUACCACAACAAGAAUGUACUUCUCAGAACUAUUGUAAGAAUGGAAUUUGCGCUGUAAUACAUGCCCAACAAACAUGCACAUGCAACUCAGGCUUUCGGUUCCAGUCAGGGAGCCAUACAGUUUGUGAAGAUAUUAAAGAAUGUGCGACGAAUCCCUGCACGCAAACUUGCUUGGAGAAAGAGGGCAGCUAUGAAUGCGGGUGUAAUCAGCUAGGUUAUAAGCUGGCUGUGGACAAGAAGACAUGCAUAAAAUGCCGCGAAGGACACUUCGGACCAAACUGCACACAGGACUGCGCAUGCGUGAAAGCAAACACUGAGACAUGUGCAUUUGAAACUGGAGAAUGUACGUGUUUGGCUGGUUGGCAAGGGACUAAAUGCGAUUUAGACAAAAAGGAGUGUACUGCCGUUACAAGCCCUUGUCCCGCAAACUCAGCAUGUGUGGAAACACCCGGGUCGUACGUUUGUAAAUGCGAUGCUGGCUAUAUUAAAUCUGGAGAUGGAACAUGCCAAGUCUGUCCGUCUUGGAAAUAUGGAGCCGGAUGCGCGAUUGAUUGUGAGUGUAACACAUCCAACUCGCUAAGUUGCUCGAAUACUUUUGGAACAUGUAGUUGUAAAAAGGGUUGGGAAGGGAACGACUGCGCGACGGAUACAGAUGAAUGUACAGGUAACACAACUAUUUGCGGCGACACUUUGAAGACUUGUGAGAAUGUGCCUGGUUCCUAUAGAUGCGAGUGUCGAGCUGGUUAUACAUUGAUAGAUGGCGUAUGCAAAGAUAAAGACGAGUGUUUGGAAAGUACAAAUAACUGCAUUCAAAAAUGCACAAAUACUGACGGCAGCUUUGAAUGCGGAUGUGAACCUGGCUACAGUGGCAUUGGCAAUAAUUGCGUUGAGGAUGGUGUCCUAAUUUCAAUAAAGAUACAUAUUCCCGAAGAAAAAGUCAGAUAUUUGAAUUUUUCUGUGAAAGCGACGUUCGAUCAAUGGGCGGCCACAUUGUCCGCAUCGAUUAUGGCCUACUACUCGAACACUAUGAGCAGCAAACUUAAGAAGGUGAUCAUUCAAAGCAUACAAAUAAGCGGUAGCUUGGAUGUGAACGCCACCAUUGUCAAGGAGGACAGCGUUGAGGCCUCACGGAUCUUCGCACAGGCCACGCAUAACCUCAACAGUGCUACACUGGUCUUGGACAACGGGACAUACGCUUUGAAACUUCUUGCAGUCCGCGGUGUACCCAUUGAUUCUACGCAGUCAGCUAAUGAUGAAAUGUGUGCUAUCUACCUAAGCGAUCGCGGACAGUGUGAUAACAACUACGCAUGCGAGGUGGUGGAUGGAAAACCGUUGUGCGAGCCUGUCAAUGCGGAUGACGAUUUAGGACUGGUACUAGGGCUUGGAAUUGGUAUUCCGCUUUUCUUGAUCACAUGUGUCUUUGUGGCGGUUAUCAUCGUUUAUGCAGUUAGAAACCGACGGAAGAAGUUCUCAUAUAAUUACGAAAGGAACUCGUUCAGGAAUGGCUUCUUCACACGCGGAAUGCCGGUGAAGAUCACCACAUGGGGCAUGAACGACCCUAUGUACAAACAACACAGCCAGCGGGAACCCUUUUUCUCGUCAACUUUGCCCAUUGACGAUCAGAGGAGGCGUCGACAUAGAGACGUUGACUAUGCGGCCCAGGGAAACUAUGUUUACGAUGAUAACCAACAACAAUCAAAUUUCUCUUGGGACUUCUUGACCAAGUACAUAUCCCCGGAAGAACCAUUUAAAAUACAGCGCCCCCGGACCGAUAGGAGUCCGCAUCCUGCAUACGAUAGUUAAUACACUGGGACAGUCGACAACUAAGCUGCUAAACAAACCAUCUUCAAAAGAAAAGGAUCGUAUUUCUAUCGUACGCAUCGUGAAAGAAAAAACCAUUGACACUUCGUUUAGCAUGUUGAAUAUAUUGAUGCGUGUCUAAAAUCAAACAAAAUUGACUGUCAUAAUAUUCAGUGAAUAAGGUCCAUUUUGAAAAAUACCAAACAUGGUUUAGUCGAAUAGCUGCUACCGAUUUUGAAUUUAAAAAUCUUAUAUUAAUUAUGUAAUAUUUGCUUUUAUCUCGUUUGAAAACUAUUUUAAAACUGUUUAUCCUACAUCUGUUUGCUUUGUUUCGUACUCUUCAAAUUCAUUUGUCUGAUAUAUGUAAUAUUGUAUCUGUUUCAUCUCGAUUAUAUAAAUGAAAGGUGUUA